AUGGAGAAGAGAAACACAACCUCAAACUUCAUUCUUCUAGGACUCUUUGAACAUACAAGACCCCACCUCUUUCUUUUUAUGGUGGUGCUGACAAUGGCCAUUGCUUCUUUUAUGGGCAAUGCCCUCAUGCUUCUCCUGAUUUACUGGGACCACCGGCUCCACACACCCAUGUACCUCCUUCUGAGCCAACUUUCCCUCAUGGAUGUGAUGCUGGUUGCUACCAUUGUGCCUAAAAUGGCUGUUGACUACUUGACUGGAAAGAAGUCCAUCUCCCCUGCUGGCUGUGGGUUGCAGAUUUUCUUCUUUCUUACUGUGGGAGGGGGUGAGUGCUUCCUCUUAGCAGCCAUGUCCUGUGACCGCUAUGUGGCUGUUUGUUAUCCACUGAGAUAUCCUGUCCUCAUGAGCCAAAAAUUGUGCCUGAAAAUGACCUUGGGGUCUUGGUUCUUGGGGUCGGCUGAUGGGCUCAUGCAGGCUGCUGCUACCCUGAGCUUCCAAUUUUGCAGUGCACCUGAGAUCGAUCAUUUCUUCUGUGAGGCCCCCAUGCUGGUGCGUUUGGCUUGUGAUGACACAUCUGUCUUCGAAAAUGUAAUGUAUAUCUGCUGUGUGUUAAUGCUUCUGGUCCCAUUUUCCCUCAUCCUCACCUCCUACAGUUUUAUCCUCCUUGCUGUUCUCCAGAUGCGUUCUAGAGAAGCCCGCAAGAAGGCUUUUGCCACCUGCUCCUCACAUUUGGCUGUGGUGGGAAUCUUCUAUGGAGCUGCCAUUUUCACCUACAUGAGACCCAAAUCUUACAGGUCAGCUAACCCUGAUAAGGUUGUGUCAGCAUUCUACACUAUCUUCACCCCUGUGCUGAACCCCCUCAUCUAUAGUCUGCGGAACAGUGAAGUCAAGGGAGCCUUGAAAAGGUGGCUGGGGAAAUGUACAAAUUUAAAAUGCCAACAAACUUAG